AAGAGAGAGCACGUGGGAGAGGGAGAGAGAGAAUCUCAAGCAGACUCGGCACUGAGCGGGACCUGGAAUUGGUUGGGGCUCCAUCUCAUGACAGUGAAAUCACUACCGCAGCUGAAACCAAGAGUCGGAAGCUUCACCGACUGCGCCAUCCAGGCACCCCCAUCACACUCUGCUUUUAUUCUGGAAUGUUACCUAUCAUCUUCUAUAGUGGUAAGUUAUUUACUGCUUAUUGUCUGUAUCCCUGCAGGGCAUGGAUUUUGUCCUUUUUUCCUUAGAGAUAUUUGGAGCACCUGGUACAGUGCCUGGCACGUAGUAGCUGCUCAAUAAAUGUUAGCCGUUAUUAUGAUAAAGUCUAUCUUGACUCCUCUGUUUAAGAGUCCUCCCGCUGCUUGCUCUGAAUUCCUAAUUCCCCUUAACCACCUUUCCUUUUUCUUUUGUGCAAUAGCAUUUACUACCUUUUAGCACACCACCUAACUUAUUUAUUAAGUACUUUUAUUACUUAUGGUUAGUUUUCUCCCUCCACCAUCUAGAUUGUAAGUCCCAUGAAAGCAAGAAGGUUUGUAGGUUUUUUCCACUCAUGUAUCUCCAACACCUUGAACACCUUGCCUGGCAUAUAGUAGGUGAUUAGCAGAAUAUUUGUUGAAUGAAUUCUAUGUGGCGGAGCGUCAAAAGCACUGGGCCUGGAGUCAGAAGACCUCCUGGGACUGCCACUGAACUCUUUCGUGUGUCCUUAAACGGGUUCCCUCCCCACUCCCGGCCUCAGUUUCCCCUCCCAGCUCAAACCCUGCAGGUUCCGCGGCGGCUCGUUCCAGCCAGCUGGGCGGUGUCGCGCCAAGCGUGGCCGCUGGGGGGCGGUGGUGUCCAGCGCCCAGCCCCGCCCACUUUCCCGGGAGGCGGCGGCCGGGUGAGAAACCGCCCGGUGGGACCCGCCUGCUCCCGGAGUAGAGGAGCCGUGUCCCCGGCGCAGCUGCCCCAGUUGUCCGCGCGCCUGCCCGCCGACCCCCGGAGCCCAGCCAUGUCCUGCUACAUCUACCAGCUGCCCGCCUGGGUGCUGGACGACCUGUGCCGCAACAUGGACACGCUCAGCGAGUGGGACUGGAUGCAGUUCGCCUCGUACGUGAUCACAGACCUGACGCAGCUGCGGAAGAUCAAGUCGAUGGAGCGGGUGCAGGGCGUGAGCAUCACGCGGGAGCUGCUGUGGUGGUGGGGCAUGCGGCAGGCCACCGUCCAGCAGCUGGUGGACCUCCUGUGUCGCCUGCAGCUCUACCGCGCAGCUCAGAUCGUUCUGAACUGGAAACCAAUUCCUGAAAUCAAGUCUUCUUUCCUAGACUUCCCGGAUGCUGCGAAGCCAGGAAGGCUGCUGGCAGCUUCUGUAAGAAACGCUGAAGAUAAACAGGGAAAGGGGCUGUCCGUGAGGCCAGAUGCCUUUCCAAGUCCAGGGCCCGCUCCAGCCAGAGCCAGCCUCCUGCCUCCUUCCACAGAUGCCCCUCAUUCCUUAAAAACCAAGUUGGUUGACUUUCCUGUUUCACCUGAUUCAAAGGACUUUAGCACCUCCCUUCCGAAGCAGGAAACACUUGUGAGCCAGGCUGAAGAUAGCCUUUUCUGGAGUGAGGCAGACGUGGUCCAGGCAACUGAUAACUUCAACCAAAACCACAAAAUCAGUGAGGGCAUCUUUGCUGACAUCUACAAAGGGCAAAGGCAUGGCAUGCCAUUUGUCUUCAAGAAGCUCAGAGAGGUGGCCUACUCAGGUCCAGGACUGGUCGAAAAAUUCUUCCAGGCAGAAGUACAAAUUUGUCAUAGAUGCUGCCACCCCAACAUCUUACCUCUGCUGGGCUUCUGCACUGGAAAUCAGUUUUACAGCUUGAUCUACCCAUACAUGGCAAAUGGUUCUUUACAGGACAGACUCCAGGGUCAGGGAGGUGCAGACCCCCUUCUCUGGCCCCAGCGUGCCAGCAUCUGCUCUGGGCUGCUCCGAGCUGUGAGGCAUCUGCACGGCUUGGAGAUCAUCCAUGGCAACGUCAAGAGCUCCAAUGUUUUGCUAGACCAAAACUUCACCCCCAAGCUGGCUCAUCCAGUGGCUCACCUGUGUCCUAACAACAAGAGGUCAAAAUAUACCAUGAUGAAGACUCACGUUUUCCAGGCCUCUGCUGCAUAUCUGCCGGAAGAUUUCAUCAGGGUGGGGCAGCUGACAAAACGAGUGGACAUCUUCAGCUGUGGAAUCGUGCUAGCUGAGGUCCUCACUGGCAUCCCUGCAAUGGAUAACAACCGAAGCCCCGUUUACCUGAAGGAUUUACUCCUCAGUGCAGUCCCCAGCAGCAGCCCCUCGCAGUGCGGCAGGAAGACCGGCGUGGAAACGGUGAUGGCUAAGGAGAUCUGCCAGAAGUACCUGGAGAAGGGAGCCGGGCGGCUGCUGGACAACUGCGCCGAGGCCUUGGCCAUAGCCGCCUGCCUCUGCCUGAGGAGGCGGAACGCCAGCUUGGCUGAGGUGUGUGGCUCUGUAGCGGCUGUGGAAAAGCAGCUCAGAGGUCAGGAGACGUUGCUCCCUUUGAGUGGGCUUUCUGAGGGCACAGGCUCUUCCUCCAAUACCCCAGAAGAAACAGACGACGUGGACAAUUCCAGCCUCGAGGCCUCCUCCUCCAUGAGGGUAGCACCCGGGGCUGGGGCUGCCGCCUCACUCCCUUCAACAGAGGAUGGAGAAGGCAGGCUGCAGGUGUGUGUCGGAGUGCCGGCAGACUCCUUCUCUGUGGCCUCUGCCAGGCUGGAGCCUCCCCAGGAUGAUCUUUCUUUAAACUUUCUGAACAUCAGCUACAGAGACUUCACAGAGAAUCGAGAUCAAUGAGGCCAAAAAGAAACUGAUGGAGAAUAUCGUGUUCUACAAAGAAGGGAAACUGGACAGCAUUGAGCUUUUUGGCCCCUGAUGACCAGAGCACAGCUUAUCCUCGAUUAGAAAGACAAACACCAAAUCAAGAAAAAGAUCUGAGGCAGAAUCAUAAUCUCCCAGGAAAUACCAAACGCCAGCUUUCCUGGACCAGGGAGAGAAGCUUCCAUCUUGCCAGAGUGAAUUAGGGAAGAAGGGACCUCAGCUUUUUAAGACACAAAAAUCCAUGAAGUCAUCGUUCUUUCUGGGAUUUGUCAAUCAGAGCUGGGGAUCAGGAGACCGAAGUGGAAACCCUGGUCCAUAGGCCCAGGAUGUGGGCAAUUUUGUGGUUUUGGGAUGUAUGUGGUAAUACUGUUACUCAGCUCACACCCCUCAAGAACUGAGGGAGGAUUGUCAGUUGCACUUUCCAAAGUUAAGUCUUCUGGGUCCUAUUUGCCGACAACCACCUGCAAACUUCCAUGGCCUGAAAGAUUCUCAACUUGUGUCCCAGUACAGUUCUUCAUUCACAGUCUGGAGUUUACAAAUGCCAGACACCUGGCAAAGAGCUCUGCAGGUUUUCCACGUCUCUCUCAGAAAUCUUGUAACCCACAGAUAUUUAUUUAAUGCCUACUCAGCACCUUUAUUGUCCCAUCCCACUAAUGCUAAUAUUUUUAGUGGAGCUUUUAUUUUGAGAGUAUGUGUUAUUUAUGGGUGAAUGAAGAAUCAGAGAGCUAGUUUUAUGUCCAGUUCUGUUGCUAUUCAAAUCAAUUAUUUAAUUUCUGGAACUUUGGUUUCCUUGUAAGUAACACCUGUUCAUUUUCCUUCCUUGGUUUGUUGGAACAGGUGAGACAUGGUUAUAGAAGUACUUUGAAAAUGCCCUUAUCCUUUUUUAUAAAAUAAAUACAUUAAACAUAUAUUUCUGCCAUGUACCUAAGGUUUAUGCACUGGGUAUUUUUCUGAAAAGUCAUGUUGCAAGUAUUUUUGUGAAACAAAUGCUAUUUUAAAUUCAGUGUGUCCUAUUUUAAAUAAUCCUACUGUAGUGAUUUUUUUUUUGUAAAAUAAAAAUACAUUUGUAAA